AUGGAGAAGGAAGCUGCGAAAAAGUGGAGGAAGAGUGUGAGUGAAGAGAUUUGUUUGGACAAGGCGGACGCCGUCUAUCUCCCUCCACCGCCUUUAAAUGGACCCAACAGCCCUCGGUCUCCAUCGACCACUGUUUCCUCCACAAAACAGAUCCACGCCACCUACCAUAAUCGCCAUCUCCUAGGAAACAAACCCAUCACCGCCGAACCAGCUCUUACCUAG